AUGAGCCGCAUGUUCGAUCGGUCAUCCGGGUCCGCCUCGACCAGCCGGUCAACCAACCGGCCUGUCAGCGUCAACAUCAGCGACCCACCGGCCUGCAAGGCCCCCUCCCUGGACCAGAUCCGCACCUCCUUCAAUGCCAUCUAUCAUACGUACAUCGGCGUGCCGAUGAAGGUAUCAGCCGGCAGUGUUCCUCUGCCAAGUGAGGAAGAGCCGCCGGCGUUGCACCCGGACUGGGUGUUUGAUUUCCUGAUCCGCUCGGGGCUGGACCCGGCCGAGACGCGCGAUCACCAGUCCACCCGCAUCCCGGCCUCGUUGUCCUUCGAUCAUACCAUGCCGCCGGGGCUCGCCGCCGGGCGUCAGGCCCCGGGGCCCGGGGCAAAUGCCACCAACCAGGCGCCCACCCUACAGGAGCGUGUGUAUGAGCUGGUCGGUGAAAAUGGCCUGAUUGGCCUCGUGGCUUUCUUCGUUUUGCAAACCUUUCAGCCGGAGUCGCUCCUGGCGCGGGCCCUGCGCGGGGCACUGGUGCUGCCCUCCUUCGCGGAGUUCUGCGAGGAUCUGAUCGAGUGCCUGGAGUCCGUCCGCCACGACACAUAUGGCCAAGUGGCGUCCUACAUCCCGGCCCUGGCACAGGCGGAUCCCGACAAGCUGGCCUUUGCCAUUUGCAGUGUCGAUGGCCAGCGCUUUGCCUAUGGCGAUUACCAGAAUGUCUUUUCCAUGCAAUCCACCUGCAAGCCCUUCGCCUAUUGCCUGGCGGCCCAGGAGAACGGUCUCGAGGCGGUGCACCGGCACAUCGGCCGGGAGCCGAGCGGCGCGCGGUUCAAUGCCUUCGCUCUCAAUCGUCACGGUCUGCCGCACAACCCGAUGAUCAAUGCCGGGGCCAUCACGGCCCAUUCGUUGAUCCGGUCGAACUGGCGCUCCUCCAGGCGCAUCCACUACAUCAUCGACACUUUCCAUGUCGGUGCCCUUCCCGAGAAUGCCGACGUAAAGGCCACCCUUGAGCUGUACCUGCGCGCGUGUGCUCUGGAAGUGGACGUGCGCACUCUGGCAGCCAUGGCCUCGACCCUGAGCAACGGCGGGGUGUCGCCGCUCACCUGCGAGCGCGUCAUCUCCCAGGAGACGACGAAGUCCUGCUUGCAGUUGCUGCUUUCCUGCGGCAUGUACGACUCAUCGGGCGAGUGGGCUUGCACCACCGGCCUGCCAGCCAAGAGUGGGGUCUCCGGGGCCAUCUUCAUUUGUGUGCCAAACGUGAUGGGUUUGGCUGUGUGGUCUCCGCGCCUGGACGCCCGGGGGAACUCCCACCGUGGUGUGCAGUUUGCCAAGGCCGUCUGUCAGAAGUUCGCCCUGUCCAUCUUCGACCAGAUGCUGCCCGGCGCCAACCAAGUGGACCCCACCAUGUCGGAGUUGCCCAAGACCAACGGGCCCAUCCCCCCAGUGGCCAACUCCUUCGACGAGGGGCAUGGACAUCCGGCUCCCCCGCUGCAGGAGGCGACUGUCGGCGUUGCCGAUGCUCAGCUGCAAGCAUCUCAGAUGCCCGUUUGA